AUGGGAUUGAGUCAGUCUUCUCAUUAUUCACACGUCUCACAUGUCAGGGACAUUGGAAGAGUUAUUGUCACACCAUAUCAAGAGGUUUAUCCUCGAUUAGAAAUAUUAGAAUUCUAUGGUAAUCCAACAUAUGCCCUUCAGUUUGAUUUAUUAAUUCAAGGUUAUCAAGCUCUACAAGAACGUCCUUAUGAAGACAUGAGGUCAUUUUAUCAAAUUGCUGGUAUACAUGGCCUUCCAUAUACAACAUAUGAUGGUGUCACCGGCGAGUAUCCCUAUAAAUCGUCAGAAUUUGAUCUAGGCAGGUGGGGUGGUUAUUGUCACCAUGGAGAUAUUCUAUUCCCAACUUGGCAUAGAGGAUAUAUACAGCUUAUAGAAAAUCAAUUAAUAAACGUAGCAAAAGUAAUUGCAAAUAAAUAUCCAGCGCGACAAAAAAAGAAAUAUGUCGAAGCAGCUAAACAACUUCGUCAUCCUUAUUGGGAUUGGGCAAAUGAAAAGGCGUUAGAAGGGGUCCCAGAAGUUUUCUUAAAAUCAAUUGUUGAAAUAAAUACCCCAAGUGGUAGAAAAAAUGUGCCAAACCCAUUAAAACGUUACUAUUUACCAGUAGAUCUUUCGGACCGGCUUCCGGAAGGGCUUAAUCCAGAUGAUAAAAAUUACAAAGUUCCUAAUGCGACUUACGUUCCAUUUACACCUAAAGGCUAUCCUACAGUACGACAUCCAAAUAAUCAUUAUAAAGAUCAGUACGGAGUAUUGAAUAGUAAUGUGUCGACGUAUGUUCAAACGGUAUUUAGACCUGGUUUUUACCAGAUGUUUCAUAUCAACGACUAUUUAAGAUUUAGCAAUCAUGCUCUAACAUCACAAGGGAAAGAAUUACCUGCACAAUCCUUUGGUCAACAUCCAAGUCCAGAUCCUAAUCUAACACUUGGGCGUGCUCAUUUUUCCUCAGUUGAAACCACUCAUGAUAGUCUUCAUGCGGUAGUUGGUGGUACAGGAGGACAUAUGGCUCACGUAGAUAUAGCUGGCUUUGACCCAAUAUUCUUUUUUCAUCAUGCUAAUGUAGAUCGUAUGAUUGCACUUUGGCAAGAAAUGUAUCCCGAUAGUUGGGUUCCUCAAAAUGUAGAUGUGAACGGAACUUAUACAGAUCUUAUGUAUUCAAUAGACUAUGAUAAUACAGAUCUCACACCAUUUCGAAAAUCAAAAACCGAAUUCUGGAAAUCUAAAGACGUUCGAGAUAUAAAAAAACUUGGGUAUACAUAUCCUGAAUUAGAGAAAUUAAAAGGACAAGAUUUGAAGGAAAUAAGAAAUUAUAUUAUUGAACUCUAUAAACCUGAUAACUUUUAUGAAGAUCGGUUUUUCGUGAAAGUGACUAUAGAGUCGGGCAAAAUUAGAGGAACGUUCGUUGUUAGAGUUUUCAUUGAUUUACCCACAGCAAAUUCAGAAACACCAGUAACUUCACCUCAUUUUGCAGGUUUUAUCGCUAUGUGGCAAGGCACAUCAGGUCAUAAUCAUAAAAAUACUUUAGUUUAUGGUACCGUCGAUAUCACAGCAGCUAUGGUACGGCUAGGCAUAAGAACACAAACGCACGAAUUUGCUCAAGAAACUAAUACUACGACAGGCGAAUUAGACCCGACAGCUAUUUUCAAUAAUUAUACUGAUAUCAAAUUAGUUCCUGUUAUGAUAGAUGGUACUGAACUUACUACGAAAGCUGCUGGGGUUAAAUUAGCCGAAAUUUUCUCCUUCAAACACGAUAAGGUGAAUAAGAAUUUUCUAGAUGAAAAUACAGGAAAAUUUCAUGCAAUUAAAGAAUUUUAA